UAUUAUUAUUGUCACUCACUUUUCUUUGUGUUUUCGAGAUUACCAAUUUUCCAGUAAGGUCUUUUGCUACUACUAAAUGUGAAGGUUUCCUCUGUGAACACCUUAUUACAAGGAGCUUCGUGCGUAGGAUGCGGAGUUCUGUGUAUAUGAGGGUAAAAUAUAUAUAAGAAGCAUCUGCAAUGGGUUCUGGAUACUGGCUUAAAAAUGUAAUCAGUUUGAGAAAAGCUAAAGAUGGCAGAUCGAAAAGAUUAAAGGGAACGUCUAUUGGAAGAAAGGGGGAUGACCACUCUCAGAAAGAGCCUACAAGAAGAAAAAGUGGCGCCUCUACCAAAAAUCAUAGGAAACGGGGAAUGCCUUCUGAGGAUAACGCAGCCACAAGGAUCCAGACAGCUUUCCGUGCAUAUAUGGCAAGGAAAACUUUACGUCGCUUGAAAGGAAUAUCAAGGUUACGUUCGAUGACACAACGCCCUUCUGUGAAAAAACAAGCUUCGGCAACCUUGAGCUCUCUCCAUUCAUGGAACAGGAUACAAGCCGAGAUUAGAGCUCGCCGUGUUCAUAUGGUCGUAGAAGGACGUCUUAAGCAGAAGAAGGUGGAGAAUCAAUUGAAGCUAGAGGCAAAGCUUCAUAACUUAGAGGUAGAGUGGAAUGGUGGCCCUGAAACAAUGGAAGUUGUUGUAUCAAGGAUACAUCAGAGAGAAGAAGCAGCAGUGAAGCGGGAGCGGACUAUGGCAUAUGCAUUUUCACAUCAGUGGAGAGCCAAUUCCAACCCAAUAUUUGGAUCAAGUAACCAUGAUUUAGGCAAAGCUAAUUGGGGCUGGAGUUGGACAGAUUGCUGGAUCGCUGCUCGACCAUGGGAAAGCCGACUCCCUGUUCGAUCAAGUCCAAAAAUUGCCAAUAGGACAGCAGCAAGCAAGACUCCUAGAAGUAAUAAAACUCAAACAGCAAAAACACCAGUUUCUGUUAAAUCAAGUUCUGCCAAUUGGAAACGCACUAUGAAGCCUCGAAAGCUAUCGUACGAAGCAGCUGAUAAACUAACUGCAAAGAAAGGAAUCAACAAAGAUGAGGCAAGCAUUGACUCUUAGAAGCAAUUAAAAGAAGAAAAAUGUUCAACCUAAGACGUGUUUCUACAGUUCCGCUGAGGAUGAUGGUGAAAAACUUGAAGUUGGAUAUGUGUCUGAGAAGUGAAGUUUGCCAGUUUUUCCUUUACAACAACAUACCCAGUAUAAUCCCACCAGUUUUUCCUUUAAAUUUCCAAUUUUUUUUUGAGCUUAUGUAUAUGAAAGAAAACAAGUUAUUCGUCGACUAUUAUGUGUAUAGAUAAACUAUACUCAUAUUCAAAUUGUUCUUUUAUAGGUGCACAGCCCAGUAAAUUCAGAAGCGUUCCUUUAUUGUUUUGGUCUCGAAAUGUUUUGCUCAGAACAUCUGUUUUGUACAUAAUGUAAAAGAUAUUGCAGAGUGUUUUUGGUGUAGUAACAUCUUAUUGCUUGGUGAUACUUUGUCAAA